GUUUAUAGCCGUUUAUUAAAAAUGUCCAGUCCUGAAGAAUUAUCACUAGAAAAAUUAACCAUUUCUGAUCAGCCUCCCAGCGUUUCUAAACGCCAAAUGCUUAUUCUUUACGGCAGCCAAACUGGAUGUGCCCAAGAUGUUGCUGAGAGGAUAUCAAGGCAAGCAAGGAGACGUCAUUUCGCAGUCAGGUUAUACUCGAUGGACGAAUAUGACAGGGAAAAUUUAAUUAAUGAAAAUUUAGUAAUUUUCUUUUGCUCAACGACUGGACAAGGUGAUGAGCCAGAUAAUAUGAAAAAAUUCUGGAAAUUUUUAUUGAGAAAAAAUUUGCCAAGAGACAUUUUGAAUCAAAUGAAAUUCACAGUCUUUGGUCUUGGUGAUUCCUCAUAUAUAAGGUACAACUGGCCCUCCAAAAAGCUUUAUAAACGUCUUUUACAGUUAGGUGCUCAAAGUAUAUACCCGCGUGGAGACGGAGAUGAUCAACAUUAUCUUGGUAUAGAUGGAACACUUGAUCCUUGGCUAGAAGGAUUGUGGAAAGUUUUAAUGGAAAUGUAUCCAUUACCAUCCGGCCUCGAUGUUUUGCACACAGAUGUUUUACCAGCAAGUUUUCACAUUGAAUUUGUCGAUCUAGAUAGUGAGAACAUUGCGAACCAUGAUAAAAUUUACGCGCGUUUAGUUAAAAAUGAGCGUAUCACCGCACAUGACCAUUAUCAAGAUGUUCGUCAUAUAGAAUUUAAUAUAAAUUCUUCUGAUUUUAAAUACGAACCUGGUGAUGUUUUAGUCGUUCGUCCGAAAAAUAUACCUGAAGAAGUAGAUGAAUUUAUUAAGAUGAUGGAUUGGGAAGAAAUUGCAGAUAAAGCAUUUAAACUUGUUUCUAAAUAUGAAGAUCGAAAAGUGCCUGCACAUUGGGAUUCAGUACUUACACUAAGGAAAAUGUUUGAAAAUUACUUGGACAUUUUUAGUACCCCACGUCGAUCUUUUUUUGAAUUCUUAUCAUUUUUUACUACAAAUGAGGAUCAUGCAGAAAAACUAAAAGAGUUUUGUUCUGCUGAGGGUCAAGAUGAUCUAUAUACGUAUAAUCAACGUGUUAGGCGUAUGAUAGUAGAGGUUCUGCAGGAUUUUCCAUCAGCUAAAAUUCCAUUAGAAUAUAUACCUGAUAUGUUUCCGGAAUUAAAGCCAAGACAAUACUCAAUAUCAUCAUCUUCAAAAGUUCAUCCAAGUCAAAUUCAUUUAACUGUAGCAAUAGUUCAAUAUAAAACUAGAUUACAAAAACCCCGCAGAGGUGUAUGUACAAAAUGGAUGUCUGGACUAAGACCAGGAGCAUGCGAAAUUCCUGUUGUAGUUACACGAGGAACUAUGCGAUUACCCAUUUCAGUAUCUACCCCCGUUAUUUUCAUUGGACCAGGAACUGGAGUUUCUGUUAUGCGAGCUUUCAUAGAAGAUCGUAUACAUGAAGGCGCAACGGAAAAUUAUUUAUUUUUCGGUUGUAGGUAUCAUGAUAAAGAUUUUUAUUAUCAAGAACAAUGGAAUCGUUAUGCUGAUGAAAAAAAACUAAAAUUAUUCGCAGCCUUUUCUCGAGAUCAAGAUAAAAGAAUUUAUGUUCAACAUAUUUUAAGAGAUCAUGCAAAAUUAGUUUAUGAUAUUUUAGAUCGAAGAGGCCAUGUUUAUAUAUCAGGGAGAUCCGAUAACAUGCCUAAUGAUGUUAGGAAUGCAUUUAAAUCUAUAUUAAUAUCUGAAGGUAAAAUGACUGACGAAGAGACUGAAAAAUAUAUGAUCAAAAUGGAGAAAGAAAAAAGAUAUCAACAAGAAGUUUGGUGAUUCCUCAUGAUAAUUUAAUUUUUAACAAGACUAUUAAUUUAUAAAAAACUUUAUUUAUUUAUAAACUGUUAUUCAUCAAGGAAACUUAUUUUCUUGUUGCAAUACAUACAUACGUGUUCUUUCUUUAGAAAUUAAAAACUGUAUCCAACAUAAUUGUUUGUUUAACGUCCAGUAUUUAUGAAAAGUUUGAGGGAGGAGGGGGAUUUACAGUAAACAAACUAAGCGAAAUAAACAUGAAAAUCGCAGUUAAAUUUAUUUAAACAUAAUAUUAUU